AUGUCGACACGCCGAGACAAGCUGCGGGCGUGCCUGCGCUGCCAGUUUGUGCAGUCGCCAAAGGACUUCCACCUCAAAGGCUGCCCCAAUUGCGAACCUGUCCUCGAAAUGCAGGGAAGUCAGGAUCGGGUGGCAGAGUGCACGACGGCCAACUUUGACGGCAUGAUUGCCAUGCUUCGACCCGAGGACAGCUGGGUGGCAAAGUGGCAGCGCAUCGAGAAACGCCUGCCCGGCUUGUACGCCGUCAAGGUCGUUGGACGAUUGCCGGACAACAUCGAAGCAUAG